AUGCAUCCGUCGUCUGCAGCGGGGAAGCGUCGCGCUGCGGACCCGGAGGGCUGCGGAAGGGACCCUGGAGAGCGGCCUCUGCCACCGAGCCGCGCACAGCCCCUUCCCCCUGUCGCCCAGCCGCGGAGCCCGGCCGCGAUGCCUUUCCGGAAAGCAUGUGGACCUCAGCUGACCAAUUCUCCCACUGUGAUUGUGAUGGUUGGUCUCCCGGCCCGCGGGAAGACCUACAUCUCCAAGAAGCUGACACGCUACCUCAACUGGAUUGGCGUCCCGACGAAAGUGUUCAAUGUCGGAGAAUACCGCCGGGAAGCAGUGAAGCAUUACAGCUCCUACAACUUCUUCCGCCAUGACAACGAGGAGGCCAUGAAAGUCCGCAAGCAAUGUGCCUUAAGUGCUCUGAGAGACGUCAAGCUGUACUUAUCUGAGGAAGGCGGCCAGAUUGCG